AUGAAUGCCUGGCUAGCCGACGCCUCGAACCUCCCCAACCAUGAAAAUGGUGCGUUCCACCAGGCGACCAUUGAUCCGUCAGCCGCCUUUCUCCAUGCGUCACCCACUCCGGAUCCCAACCAAUUUCAACGCAUGUUCAACAAUGGCGUCCCGCGAAACGUAUCCCCUGGCUUCCACAACCCGAAUCAAGUGAUCCCGUCCAAACGGCCGCGGCCCGAAGAUGCAAUGUCAAUGUCGCCCAGACAAGCACCUGGUGGAUUGGGUGCAUCGCGAUCCCAGACGCCUCACCAGGUACCCUUCCCGGGGUACCAGGGGCCGGCAAAUGGAGCUCCGCAGUUCGCACCGCAUCCCUCCCAAUAUCAGCAUCUUCAACAAGGGGCCUCUCCGAAUGUGACUCAAUCUCCCGUUAUGCAAGACUUCGACCAACAUGGGGUCCAGAGAAUGGGCACUGCCUCUCCCAGUCCCUUCUCCCCCGCUGGUCCUCAUGUGGGUCCCCAAAUGUCUCCCUCCCAACCGGAUCACCCAAGCCGGGUGAAUACCCCUCAGAACAAUGCCUUCAUGCCGGGCCAGCCAUUUACCCAAGGCAUGGCGCCACAAUUUCCCCCUGGCACUGCGAUGACCUCCGCUGCUGUGCAGGCGCCUAUGCAGGCCCAAUUCGGGGGGAUGCCUCAAAAUUAUCAACAGGCAAUGGCCGCCCAACAGCAGCAGCAGCGGAUACAUGCCAUGCAGAUGCAAAACCAAGGGCGCCCCAUGGGGAUGAAUCCGGCCAUGGCGGGACGCCCGGUAGCUGCGGGGAUGAAUGCCGUUUCGAAUCCCCAGCAAAUGGCCGCAAUCAGGCAGAUGCAGCAGACGAUGGCAAAGCCACCGAACCCUGAAGCAUUUAUGAGAUCGUUACAGAAGUUCAUGAUGCAACGGAACCUUCCACUCGAUCCCAACCCUAUCGUUUGCGGCCGUCCCAUCAACUUGGUCCAGCUCUAUGCCGUUGUCAUGAAGUUGGGUGGCUCAAAGAAGAUCAACGCUACGAAUAUGUGGCCAGUGAUCGCGCAGCAGCUGCAGUUUCCGCCAAUGCAAUUCCCGAUGGCCGUACAAGAGAUCCAAAACCACUAUCAGCGGAAUCUUGCAGCAUAUGAACAAGCUUUCCUCACCUCGCAGCAAAAGAACAUCGCAGACCAGAUGCAGCAAGCCUCUCUUCCUAGACAACCCAGUGACCCGUCAGGAUUGCAAUUCCAGUCACCCGCUGCCAAGCAAGGUCAAUUUGAGCAACAGAUGAGCCAUCCCUCUCCCGUUAACCCGGCCAUGUCGAACAACUCACAGCCAAACGUUCCCAACGGCUUUGCUACUCCCACUCCCGUCAAAUCCUCCAAACAGCAGCAGCAUCGGCUUAGUGUCUCCCGGCAAUCCCAACCCCCCGCAACCCCUCAUGAUACGACACCGCAAUUGCCAGGCCAGUCUCCUGCGUCAUCCGUCAAGGGUCCCGGGUCUGCGUCCGGAAAGAGUACCGAACAGUUUGACCAGCAGUCGAACCAACCGCUCAGACACGCAAUUGAAGACCCCUUCAAACCGAUGGUUUUACCGCCGAGUAACUUCCAUGGCCCAAUAGUUGUGGAUGAAAUGUAUCAGCUGGGCGAGGAUAUAACGCGAUUAAAGCCAAAUGUUCCGGCCUUUGCGGAGCUUGGAGUUAUUGAUAUUCAUGCGCUCAUAAUGAGUCUCAAGUCUGGGAUUCAUGCGGAGAUGCGUUUGGCAUUGGACACCCUAGCGACAAUUUCUUCCGAACCGGCGAUACCAAUUUCUUUGGAUAAUUGCGAGGACCUUGUCGAUAGUCUUAUCGAAUGCGCGGAAGAUCAAGCCGAGCUUCUUGCGGAACAUUCUCCAGAAGUGUCAGAUAUGAUGCUUCUACCCACCUACGAGGAGAUCACAAGGGGAUGUCUGACUGAAUGGACAUCUUUAACCGAUGUUCCGGAGUUUGGAAGCCUCGAGUAUGAACUUGACCGUGCCGUUGACCGACUCAUCUGUGUUACGACGAUUCUGCGAAAUUUCUCCUUUACCGAAUCGAACUUUGGAGUCUUGUCCGCUCCCGUGGUGGUCCAAUUUUUCUCCACCAUCAUCCGCUAUUUGGGAACUCGCAAUAUGCUCCUACGGACACACCAAAACACCCUGGAUUUCAUGAAGGAUACCGUCAUCUACCUAAGUAAUCUGGCCCACAACAUUCUGUUACCGAGCAAGGAGGAGGCGCUUUGUUUGCUGUACUUCCUUCUGGCUUUCGCACCAUUUCCAGGACCUUGUGGUGCGGACGGCGUUAUGUUCACCCCCUACAACCCGUCGAUUCACAAAUACACCCCUGCCGCCGUGGAUAGCUUAGCCAAGCUCCUGGCGAGGGACGAGCCAAACCGGACCUUCUUCCGAGCGAUCUUCACGGGUGAUGGAAGUGGGAUGCUUCAAACCGAGCUCCUCACGCGCGCAUUUGGCCUGGCCAUCUCCCCCGUACCCGACCAGCCUCGGAAACCGCUCGUCGUCGCAGAUGCCCGCAAGGUCUUCCUUAUGCAAGGCCUGUUGGCCGCAGAUAUUCUUUCUGGAUUUGCAGAUGGAUCGCUUGCAAAGACUUGGCUUGAAUCUACGGACGGUUUCGCCAUACAUCUCCUGCGGCUUUCUUGCCUUCUGAGCACGGACCGCGUUCCUCCCGCGCAAAUCAACCCACGCCAAACCCAUGCUGCACGAGGGCAGGCGGAGGCGGAGGCCUCUGCAUAUAGUUCAAUAAUCAACCGUGGGCUGACCAUUCUCCAGCGACUAGCGGAGAAGUCAAAACAAGUCGAGUCGGAUUCGGCGUUGCGGUUUCCGUCGGGGAUAAUCCCCAAGAAGGAAAGCCUACUUGGGGCUUUGUUGAUGCAAAAUGUGGACCCGGGCGUUGUUCGGCAGUUGAUUACCUAUGCGCGACUUGCGGAGUGA